UGUCGAAGUAAAUUGAAACAUCGAAAAAGUGGAAAUGUACGAAAUGCAGAUUGCCAAGUUAACAGAUCCGAAAGAGAUAAUCCUGCAAACCUGAAGAAGUAAAGUUGCUGAUCAGGAGGGGGAGUUAAUCAUAUCAGGAUAAUGGCACAAGCCGGCAGUAACGAGCACCCUGAUGGCAGACUUGUGAAAGACUGCCCAGACAGCCUGCAAGAUCUGUGUAUAUUCUACUGCAUGAACAAUCUAGACAUUCUUGUGGCAUCAUUAAACAAUAUCAGUGAAAGCAAAGACGAUAUCUCGUCCACAUUUUCCUUGUUGCUAGGCAACCGGUUGUUGGAAUAUUACCUUUGUUCCUGUUUGCCUAGUGAGGAUAAAGAACAGUUUGUGGAUCAGCUGAUGCAGAAUAGUCAGCUAUGCAACGAAGUAAACAUUUCUCGGAGAGAAGUCUUCAACCCAGAUAAUGUACAAGAACUUGCUAAUAAUGCAAUCAGGAGACUACAGGUUACAGUGUUUGAUGAGGACAGUACCACAGGAACACUUGAAGCCUACAGGGAUUUGUUAGAGAACAACCUUUCCCGCUUGACGAGCUUAGGUCUUUAUCAGAAGUGUGGGGAGGAGUCAAUGACAGGUUUAUUAAAUCUGCUGUGUGGUAGAGAUUAUGAUGACGACGUAGAUGAUUUCAGUGAUUCUGAUGAUGAAUCUAGCAACAAAAAUCAAGGUGCUGGCGAUAAUUCAGAUAUGUUUGAGGGAACCAGUGUUGUUUUUAACACAAAAUACCAUGGGUUUCAGAUUAGAAAUUUAGAUGCUCAAAACGAGGCAAGAACUGAAACCGGAACAGGAGCGGAUGAAUCUUCAAUAAGUGCAAAUCAAGUUGUUUCAAAUUUAAAAUCUUUCAGUUACGAGCAAGUCUAUACUGCUAUUGAUCCACACAGAUCACCAAGCCACAGCUAUGGGUGGUUUUAUCACUUACUGUCAAAGAUCUUACUAGGUAGUAAACAGAUUCAGUCGUUCAGUUUAGUUACAGUUAUAUCAAAUCCGGUAGAAUGGUUCCUGUCUCAACCGAAGUUACCAUUGCUGAAGAAUCUCCAAUCACUAUGUUUGUCUUACGAAGACAACCAUGUUGCAGCCCUAAGUGUGGAACUUGAUAUACCAUACACGAAGAAGUUCUUUUCUAACCUUCCAGUUCUUGAAAAUUUAAGACACUUGGAUAUCUCGUGCAAUAAUCCUGGGUAUAGACCUACUGAUAGAUACAGUUACGAUGAUAGCAUGGUACAACUGUUCAUACAAUCUGUGAAAAUGAUGCCACAGCUCAAGUCUCUUGACAUAUCAGGAAGUAAUCUGUCAACAAUUAUUGGACACAAAAGUACAAGUGAAGCAGAAUGUAAAGAGCAUUGUAUGCCUGGAUUUGAGGGGAGACAAUUCGAUUAUUUAGGACUAUACGGGAAUGAAGAGGCAUGUCGGCACAGGUUUAUCCCAGCCAGAAAGGUAAGUGGGGAUGCUACCUUGGAUCAGCUGUUAGUAGCUCUGUGGUCCUUGCAGCACAACAAAGCUAUCAUGCUCGGAGUCCUUAAAGAUCUACAAGAUUGGAUACAGGCGCACUAUGUGACUGGGAAACAUGGACUUCCAAUGCUAGAUGGUCUAGUUGCCUACAUGACAAAGAUUGGAGACUGGGAUGGUACCUAUAGUGAAGCUGAAUAUUAUGAGGAAAAGAGUAUAAGUGUUAUUUUGCAUUGUGUGUAUUUCCUGUUGAGAAAUGAUGAAGUAAGGAAAAAUAUCACAAUAAAACAGAAGAGACAGAUUGCAGAACAGCUGUUUGUUAUAUGCCACACACUCGGUGUUCAUCCAGGAUGGCAAAGUUCAAAUCAAGAGCAGAGGAAUAAGAUUGUGAGGAUUUCCAUGCUGCUGAUGCUGAUCCUUGACCUGGAAACUAUAGCUGUAAACAGCUAUAGAUUUGAGCAAUAUAUACAAGUUCUUCUUGAGGUUUUCCAUAGCCCGGUCAGACAAACUCAGCAACUGCUUUCCCUGCGUCUUCUACACUCAGCCUGCAGGAUCAGUCAGGAAUAUAAGGCUAUUGCUGGUGGGAAAAUGCAACUGGUCAAGAAACUGAUGAUGAUAGUGUUAGAGAAAGUGACAAAACUUGAAGAUAUUGAUGACAUUAUGGAGAAAGUAUGGAGUAUAAUCUGGACCCUUACAGAUGAGGUUCCGUCCAAUUGUGAACUGUUUGUACAACAUGCUGGAUGCCACAUAGCCAAAACCUGCAUCGAAAAAUACCCAGAUGCAAAGAGCCUUCAUAGGAAGAUCACUGGUGCCAUGAAUAAUGUAUCAGAGAAUGCCAGUUUGUUACAGUAUUUGAUGACAACAGAACUAGUGGUCAUGUUCAGGGGUAUGUUAUCCUACCAUGAGGAGGAGGACUAUGAUGUGAGUUCCCACGCGGCUGGAUUCCUGGUCAUGUUGGCAUCACAUGGUCCAGAGGCGUGGACAGUAAUGGAGCCAUAUAGAGAUGAAAUAUUGGAGGAGGUAGACCAAGUCAUGAAGAAAUGGGAUAUAAAUAAACCCAAAGGAGUGAAAUUCAGGUCACUAAGCCCCAUGUUGUCACAGCUGGGCAAUUACAGUACCCCAGUUGCGCAGCUAUGGGGAGCUUGGCUUAUAUGUAAUCUAGUUAUUGUGAAACCUCAGUCCUACUGUGAUAUGUUGGAAUCUGAGGAUGGGUUAACCAAAAUAAACAGUGUGUUACAACAGGGAGGGCUUCGUGAAGAAUUUGUGACCCUUCUCGAAAAGAUCAAAUCAUUGACAAUGGACUUCAAGGAAGGAAGAGGGAGGAAUGAACAAAUAGAUGAAGAUGAUGAUUGAUAUCUUGUUGUGGAUAAGGAAUAGGCUUGUGUUUUUUUUUCUGUGAUAUUUUGUUAAAGCGUAACUACUUGGAGAUUAUGCUCAUGUGAUAUUUGUUUGAUAUUGCUUUCAGGGUCAGGAAACUUAUGUAGCGUUCUAGAAAUUGUAUAUAGUCAAACCUGUGUAUGAAAAAUAUAUUACAUGGAAGAGCCAGAAAUAAAAGUGGUCUGUAGUUGCAGAUGGUCGGUAUUUAUAGGUUAGAAAAAAAAAGUAAAAGUUCUGAAGAGGAACAAUCUGAAAUAUGUUUCUUACACAGAAAGUGUUGCUCUGGUGAGGUUAAGUUACUAAGAAACUCUCCAGAUUGAGAAGAAAAUGUCUGCCUUGUAGGGAGUUGCUAGCUUUUCAGAGGUAUUGUUAACACAGGGUAUAUCUUAAUUUUAUCUUGAGGUAUUAAGAGCCAAGUGGUCUGUAAUCACAAAAUUAAUGGUCUUUAGCACAGGUUUGACUAUAGCUAUUUAUUUGUAGACUUUUAUAGUUACUUUUUGGUCAAAUUACAGUUAAGUUGACCUCUGUGACAGUUGUGUUUAUUAAUACCAGUAUGGUACUAGUUGUGUAGCAGAAGCAAGGAUAUUAUUUUUCGUAAUUUAUAUUUUAUUUCUAGAGACUUCAUUUUACAGAUUCACAUAUAUCAUGAAUAAAUCAGUAAAGAGUAACAGCAUGAUUUGUUAAAUAACAAACAGACAAUUUUACAUAUUACAUGGUGACCACAGUCAUAAUAUUCGUAUAUUUUAUUGCCAGCAGAAAUUUGGAGGGAGAUAAAAGGUGUAGCCAGUAUUAUGGACUUUCUAGCUGAGUUGUUUCCCUUUAUAGAUAUUUAAUAUAUUGUGUUAACUUAGUGAGCAUGCUUCCAAAUGUUUUGUUAUUAUGCAAAUCUAGGGAACUUCCCAUAAUGUUUAUUUUUAGGGAUUUAUCAGGUCAGGGGCUUUGUAAAAAAUAAAAGAAAAGUGUUGAUUGAAACAAAAACAAAUUUGUUACUGCCAACCCAUCAUUUUCGAAUUUGAAUGCAUGUUUUCGUAAUUUUUGUUCGAAUCCAACAGAAAGGCUGUUUUAAACAAUGAUUUGCGAUAAGCAUUUAAUGUCCGCUCAAAAUCAAUAAAAGGUGCCAUAUCUUUCGGCACUUGAUCACCUGU